CCCUCCCCCCGGAGAGAGACUUAAAGGGCCGGCUCUCUUGGCGGUCGCGGGAUGCCCCCGCGCUGACCGCCGUGGGCCCGAGCCCGCCCGCGUAGACGCGCCUGGGCCGACCCCGUGCCACCAUGUAAAACGGCGCCGCAGGCGGACGCUGGCUUCUCCGCCUGGGACCCCUCCGCCCAGCCCCGGGCUACAGGGCCCUCGAUGAGGACACACCAUGCUCACCGGGGUGACCGACGGGAUCUUCUGCUGCCUGCUAGGCGCGCCGCCCAACGCUGUGGGGCCGCUGGAGAGCGUCGAGUCCAGUGAUGGCUACACCUUUGUGGAGGUCAAGCCUGGUCGGGUCCUGCGGGUGAAGCAUGCUGGGCCUGCUCCAGCCCCCAACCCACCUCCACCACCGCCAGAUGCUGCCCAGGGGGACCGGUCUGGCUUGGUCCGCUGCCAGCGCCGAAUUACCGUGUACCGCAAUGGGCGGUUACUGGUGGAGAACCUGGGCCGGGCACCUCGAGCUGACCUCCUGCACGGGCAGAAUGGCUCCGGGGAGCCGCCAGCCGCCCUAGAAGUGGAGCUGGCCGACCCAGCGGGCAGCGAUGGCCGCUCGGGCUCAGGCAGUGCCGGGAGUGGCAGUGGCGGUCGCCGUCGGAGGGCCCGGCGCCCCAAGCGCACCAUCCACAUUGACUGUGAGAAGCGCAUCACAAGCUGCAAAGGUGCCCAGGCCGACGUGGUGCUCUUUUUCAUCCACGGUGUUGGCGGCUCCCUGGCCAUCUGGAAGGAGCAGCUGGACUUCUUUGUGCGCCUGGGCUAUGAGGUGGUGGCACCCGAUCUGGCAGGUCACGGGGCCAGCUCGGCACCCCAGGUGGCCGCAGCCUACACCUUCUAUGCGCUGGCGGAGGACAUGCGUGCCAUCUUCAAGCGUUAUGCCAAGAAGCGAAACGUGCUCAUCGGGCAUUCCUACGGCGUCUCCUUCUGCACGUUCCUGGCACACGAGUACCCAGACCUGGUGCACAAGGUGAUCAUGAUCAACGGCGGGGGCCCCACGGCACUGGAACCCAGCUUCUGUUCCAUCUUCAACAUGCCCACAUGCGUCCUGCACUGCCUGUCGCCCUGCCUGGCUUGGAGCUUUCUCAAGGCUGGCUUCGCCCGCCAAGGAGCCAAAGAGAAGCAGCUACUGAAGGAGGGCAAUGCGUUCAACGUGUCGUCCUUCGUCCUGCGAGCCAUGAUGAGCGGCCAGUACUGGCCUGAAGGUGAUGAGGUCUACCACGCUGAGCUCACGGUGCCCGUCCUGCUCGUUCAUGGCAUGCACGACAAGUUUGUGCCGGUGGAGGAAGACCAGCGCAUGGCCGAGAUCCUGCUGCUGGCCUUCCUGAAGCUCAUUGAUGAAGGCAGCCACAUGGUGAUGCUGGAGUGUCCCGAGACGGUCAACACGCUGCUCCAUGAAUUCCUGCUCUGGGAGCCCGAGCCCUCGCCAAAGGCCCUGCCCAAGCCCCUGCCCGCGCCGCCAGAAGAGAAGAAGUAGCCGCUGGGCCGGCCGGGCAUCGCUUGGUAAGCCGAGGAGCAGCUGGAGGAAGCCAGGAGCCGCCCCACGUCCGCAGCGCGGACCACCUGGGCGGGCUGUUCGCUCCGGUGGGCGGAGUCAGGUCAGAGAGACGCCCCCAGGCCAGCUGGGUAGGGCGUGGCAUUCUCGGGAGCCAAGUGGAUACACCGCUCUCCGCUUCCAUCCUGCCGGACCCAUCGGUGUUUUGGGGCCGGAGCCGGAACCCCCGUGGAGGAUAACCUUGUACAGAAGCCCCUGCCCCUCAACGCCACGGCCGAGGCAGGCCCCCCACCCCGCUCUCUGUCUUCCGUGUCAGCCGUGCUUGAUCCCGGGACCCUCGGGGCCCCGCCUCAUUGCCCGAGACCCUCCCCACCCCCCAUUUCUUGGCGCUGGGAGCUAUUGUUGCCCAAGUCGGGGGGAGGGAUUGAGGGGCUGGCGCCACCGAACCUGCACAUCUCAACUUGUAACUCAAUAAAAAGAAGUGACAAUCU